GUUGAAUCCGGACGAGAAGAUUUUUUCCAAGUUUUGAAGAACAAUGCUCUCUCUCUCACUCGUCCGUUCCAUUCAACCCAUCGUCUUUCGCUUCGAGACAAGGCUUCGCGGUGUGGUUGCAGAAGGCUUUCCGGUUGCCGCAUUCGAGAGAACAAGGCCACCCUUGUCGAACCCGGCACCCACCCGUUCCACAAGGAUCCCAGGGCCCUCCCUUGCACCCUCCGAGGCAGGGCAGAACGCGAUGGAGCGCUCCGAAUCCGCACCCGGCAAGGGGGGAGACCUCCCCCCGGGCCUCGGCGAGAUGUUCAUCAACUCGACGGACACCCUCCGCCACCGCGAGAUCAACCAGAAAAUCCCCGAGGCCUGGAACGACCGACCGCCGCUCUUUGCGAUCGCCCCCCCGGCCCAGCGCAGGGGCUUUGUCUGGAGAAAGCAACAACCCUCCCCCACCGAGGCGGAACCCGGGGACUCUUGCGAAGACCCGAACCUGUGAGUGGCUGCGAGCGUGUUGUGUUGUGUUGUGUUGUGCUUUUCGAUGGUUUUAUGGUCGGGAAAUUGGGUGGUUGGUUUGUUGUGUUCGAUACGGUGGGGCGAAUCCCGUUGGCACACAAUUUCUCAUCUUGCAACGCCUGCACUGCUUGUUUGAAUGUUUCUUUCUUUGAACAGCCUGAAAGGGGUGAGUACCGUACAUACUACAGUAUUUGCCGAAAGAAUGCCGAGGCGAUCCCGUGAUGCGCAAACCGCCUUCUAAUUUCGCAUUGUCUUUUUCUUUGCCACCUCGGUUUCGAAUCUUGGUUUGAACAGAUGAUCCGCAAAGGAAUUCCCCCCUCUCUUCGCUGCGCCGUGUGGCUGUCGAAUGUCAUCCAAUCGUGUCGCAUCGAUCAGGAUUUGUCCGAAAUCCACAAGUACAGAACACUGGCGAGGGUCCGAGCCGUGGAUUCCAUGUAUGAUUCCUUGUGGACAGGUGACCAGAACGGGAGUGGCGGUGCUGGGGAAAGCAUCGGAGGCUCUGCUUUGCGACAAAUCAAUGAACAAGACGUGAAAGCCAUGGACUUUGGAAACGAUUCGGUGUGGGCGAGGCUCGAAGAGGAAAACUGUCCGGGUAUAAAUGCCGUGAAAAAGGUUGUGUUUGCUCUCCACCAUUCGGUUCUGGGCGGUAUUGUAGAUUUCGCGCCUCUCGUCCCUACGCUGGUAACAAUUUUAUCGGGUUUCAUGAGCGAGCCCUAUGUGUUUUAUGCUUGUCGGGAAAUGUAUUACCAUUCCGCCUGGUUCCUAGCCACCAGCCGGUCGGAACACAUUGCGAUGCAACGUGCCUUUUUGGACGUCCUGGGGCGCCUCCAUCCCCACACCCUUGCCACCAUGAAGGAACAGGGUGUCGAUGCGGAAUACACGAAAGAAAUAUUUCAGAACUUUUUCACAACCAUUUUUCCGGAGAGGAUGGUCCUUCGUCUAAUGGACAUAUAUUCCCUGGAGGGCAACAAGGUGCUUUUCCGAUUCGGCAUCGCUCUGGCGGUUUUGUACGGGAAGGAAUACAAAGAACACUACAAGUACGUGAGCGUCGAACCGGACAAGUGGUGGCUAGGCUUGGUGGAGUACUGUCGUGGCGGCAGGGACGGUCACGGCCUCAAUUUCGAAGUCCUGGUGAAAAAGGCAUACGGGGUUCACGGCAAGGGAGUCCGGAAGCGAUUCCGUUUUCCUCGCCGACCCAUCCUGGCUCGCAUCAUCGAAAUCGAAGAAGAAAAGUACCGCGAGGAGACAAUACGACGAAGAGCUCUCCAAGAAGCCGGAACUGGAGGAGAUGGCGAGGGGGAAGACGAAGGAACCGAUACGAUUGAUUUUUACCUCGACCAGAUAGAACCUCUCGGUCUAGUCAUUCCUCCGCCACCGACGGAUCCCAACCGCGAACGAGUGGUCCCUCGCCUGGCGAAGUCGACGUUUAUACGGACAAAACUGGCCGAGUGGCUACCCCUAAGUCUGCGAUUUACCAAAUUGGAUCUCGUCUACAGCACUUCCCAUCACGGCCGGUCGCUGGAAAAUGUUUACCGAUGCCUCGCCAAAUCCAGGCACACUGUUUUUGUUCUGGAACCCUUUGAAAGGAAAGACAACCGGUACCUGAUAGGAAUGUAUGCGUCGGAUACCUGGCACAGCUCUAGCCGGGUUUAUGGGGACGGCAGGUGUUUCUUGUUCCGCAUCGAUCUGGAGGACGACUGGAAGCAAAAGGAAGGAAAUGGCAACGAAGAAAAGGAGAUGAAUGGCAACGAGAAGAAAGCAAUCGGAUCCAAAAGCUGGAAAUGGCACCCCCCCGACAUGCUGGAUUUUGGCACGGCGUCGAUGUCCUUUGACACCGACCACCAGGCAGAUGGGCUGUUCCCCGACACGAGCCGGUUGGCUUCCGCGAGAGCCACCGCGGUCGUAGAGACCUUUCAGGUUUCGACCGACGACUUUCUUGGCCUGGGUGGCAACGACGAGGGCGGCGCGGGGCUCCGGCUGAACGAGGACCUGACCAAGGCGGAAUCCGCGCGCGCAGACGGCUUUGACAACGAGCCGCUCCUGCCGGAUUCCGGCGGCAUGUUCGAGGUGGGUCUCGUGGAAGUGUACCAGCUGGUCCGCCAGAUGGACGGCGUUCCCGUGCGAUAAAAUGGCCGGCGUGGUCGAAACGGGAUCUGGCGGUUCGUUCGAGACGGCUCGGGGGCUGUGGACGCCGUUUCUGCCUCGGUGGACGGAACGAAUGCGAGCACAAUGCACCAGUCAACCAUCCAGAAAGCACAAAAGACGGUGUGCACCAGAAUGACUAGUAGAAAUUAUUUCCACGCGCAUGUUUCGACCCUAGAGCAUUCGUUUUCCCGAUUGCCCUUUCUUCGAUUGUCGUGCAUAGCGUAGCAACAAAAAUAUUUUUGUUUGGGCUCCAUGGUAACAAAUAAGUAUUUGUCCUUCCACUUGAAAUAGACAAGCAAUAUUACAAUUACUACUGGCGAUACAAAGAACUUGGAGUGUAUCGAUUGGAGCUAAAAAAUAAAACUACUUCGAAUAGGAAUCGAAAUUGCGAGUAUGCGUGCGAUCAAAUCAAAAUAGAAAAAGAAUGCUUCGAAAAGUACGUAGUCCAAUAGUGUUAUGAAUCGGUCCUCGCAAUCAAAAGACACAUUAGCACAUAAAUACACCCCAAGGACUGUGUUGCUAAACCUUCUCGCCCGAUUCUGUUUCCAAUAGAAACAUUUCAUGGUUCCAAGGUACCUACUGCUUUCCAACACAACAUAUGGAAUCACCAGAUCUUGACAGCUCAACCAUGACCCCCAAUGAUUUGCAGGUACGCGCAGUAAUACGUGAAAGCUAGCAUAUUUCAUUCCCGACCAAAAAUGAGGCCCGAAUGGAUGCAUCUCGUCGUUCCGCCUCAGGCGAUGGUAAUUGAAUGGAGAAUGGUAUUGCGCAAUCCCGUAGAGAAUAAUUUGCUAAAUUUUAU